AUGGAGCGAGCAACUGCCCGGAAGCGCAAGGCACAAUUACCCAGCCUGCAGCGGCGGGUUCGGGCUAGAAAAGACGAGCCUGAGCUGGAAUCCGACGGACCCCCCAGCCAAGAGUCCCAGGAAGAAGACAGCGACCAGGAAGGGGAGGCGGAACACAAGGUGGAGUACGAUUCCUCGCCCGACGGUAGCGAUCAAGAAGAAGAAGACGACAGCGGGCAAGACUCAGCAGACCCCUCCGCAGCAGCCGCAGCGGCAUCCCAGAUCUCCUUCGGCGCGCUGGCCAAAGCCCAGGCGUCGCUGGGUAGCGCGCGGCAGCGGCGGCGGCAGAGGAACGGCCAGCGCGGCGUCCCGCAACCAGACGAAGACGAAGCCUCGGGCGACGGAUCCGGCAGCAGCGACAGCGACAGCGACAGCGACUCCUCCUCCUCCGGGGGCGCCGGCGCGCCGGCCUCGACGCAGCAUCCCCGGGCCGCGAAGCCGCCGCCGCCGCACCGCGCCAACAAGCACGCGCCGGCGGAGCAGUCGAGCAAGCGGCAGGUGACGCGGCGGCGGGAGGUGGUCAGCGGCGGGGGGCGGCCGGCGGCGCGGGACCCGCGGUUCUCGGCGGCGGUGGCGGCGCGGCCGGCGGACGCGGCGAAGCAGGAGCGUGCGUACGCCUUCCUGGCCGAGUACGAGGCGUCGGAGGCGGCGCGGCUGCGGGGCGCGCUCGCCGAGCUCAAGGCGCGGCGGCAGCGGCGGCGGCGGCGCACUCGCGGCGACGACGACGCUAGCCACCACGCCGGCGCCGAGGAGGAGGAGGAGGAGCAGCUCAAGCGCGCGCUCGCGUCCAUCGAGGGCCGCCGCCGCGCGCGCGAGGACCGCGAGCGCGAGCGCCGCCUCCUCGAGGACCACCGCCGCCGCGAGCGCGCCCUCGUCGCCGACGGCCGCAAGGCCCAGCCCUUCUACCUCAAGCGCGCCGAGCAGAAGCGCCGCCUCCUCGUCGACCGCUUCGAGGGCAUGGGCGCGGGCCAGGUCGACCGCGCCAUCGAGCGCAGGCGCAAGAAGAUGGCGUCGCGGGAGCGCAGGGACCUGCCGCUGGCGAGGAGGAGGGGCGGGGAGGCGGAGGGGGCGGGAUGA